AUGAAAGUUGGUCGCUCUACAGCGUCGUGUUUGACGCGUAAGCGGAUCGUUGUGCGCCACGGCAAGCCAUUCAAAAUGCCAUCGAUUUCGAUUGGAACUUCGGACACUGCCACUUGCUUCGUUGUACUGACUGAAAUUUUAAACAUAUUAACUAGCGAAGCUCCAAAAGAACUUCGACGUACUUUAAUAUUUUCAAGCAAAUGCGAAACGGCCAUUUAG